AUGCUGCCCGACACAGAAAAGAUUACGGCCGCCAUGUCCACUCUGACCCUCAAGAUUCGCUCUGAUCCGGGGACGUAUGUUCGACCUCGAAAGGGACUGCUUGACUUUAUGCAGUUCCCGCCCGAAAUCCGCAGCCUCAUAUAUGAGUUUGCCCUGGUUGAACCAAAGAGACACGAUAUUGACCACAAACCCAGUUGUAUGAUCCGCAGAUAUGCAACACGGCACAACCUCUUCCAUCCUCCCCCUUUCCUCUUGCAAAAUGUCUCCAUCUCUUCGGACCCUCCCCGACUCGUCACAGAACGCUUGGCAAAUGAUUUGUGCAACUGCAAUAAGCGGGCCGGCAUGGCACUGCUCCAAACCGGCCGCCAGGUCCACGCCGAAGCCGCACCCAUUUUCUGGUCCCAGAACAGCUUCUGUUUCUUGAGCGGCUACGAGGCCAUCACCGCCUUGAACCAUCUUCUCCGGCCCCAAUAUCGAGACCUGGUCACCUCCGUCAGCGUCAUGGGCCCCAACUUCCAGGGCAGACCUCAACACGUCCAGUUUGCCGACGGAACGGAACACGGUCCCGUGCCUUGGUCUGAGUUCUGGGAGGCCGUGUCCAAGUGCCGGAACCUGAACGCGGUCAAUGUCCCAACCGUGGCUUUGCAAUUUCCCACUAGAUUUCAUCAGCUCGCGAUGCAGCGUUCCACGCUAAGAGUGAAGCUUAUUGACCUCAUUCCGUUCGCCAAAGGACCUGGCUUCGGAGCAAGUUAUUCCUACGACCUCGAAAACUUAUACACGCACUUUUUUUCCAUCUACGCCCAAGCCACGUACAGAGUGCCCAGUGUUGGUGAGCUGAGGAAUGCUGGCACGGAAAUCGAUUCUGACUUUUGGUGGGCACGCGGAAACGAAAGCUGCCACCUCAUUUCUACGAUUCGCGAGACCAUUGAGGACACCUGCUUGGACUUAAGCACCUACACUGUUGAAUAUUCUGACUCGGACACGGAUGCGUCGGAUGAACCGUACUUUUACGACGCAUACGCCUUUCGUAUUCUUCCCAUCAUCGAAGACGAGAAAAAGAGAUUCCUCCGCCUCGAAACGGGGAAAGACACAUUCUCUUCCGUCAAGUUCUACGGCCUACCCACAUCCCGAAAGGAACGCGUGCGAUUUGCGCGGGAAAGGCGUGCUGAGAAUGAGGAGUACAAAAGAUUGAAUGGUAUGUACCGUCAGCACAGCUUUGACAAGGAAGGAUGCCGCCGAGCAAGGAAGCUGAGAGAGGAACAGUUGGACGAGGAGACGGCGGCCGCCUUGAAGGCGUACAACAAGGCUUCCUCCGCUUUGACCCCUGCUACCUUGCAAAAACAGGAGAAGAAGAAGGCUCUCAAGGAGAAGAAGAAAUCCAUGAAAGACAAUGCUGAGAAUAGACGCAGGGAGAGGAAAAGGGUCCAGAAUUGA